UGACCUGGAACGGAAAAGGAGAGCAACCCGGAAACGGAAAAAAAAACCAAGAUCAACCAACAGUGGCAGAGAGAGGGCUUCACUAACUGGUUCCCUUUUUGCAUUGUAUCAAUUAAUAAUAUUAUUAGGGCCAUCAAUGUCUGAUCGUGGAUUAUUUAUAUCAAAAAAAUUCCCGAACCACAAUAUGAUGCUGUAUCUGAUGUGCUCCGUAACCAACGACCGAACACUUUCAGUCCUGAAUCACGGACGUUAGCCUCGUGUUAACUGACGGUAGUAGGAGAGAAAAAAGGGUGAUAACGACAGCUAUUUAUCAAUCAAAGGAGGUCGACUCAGAAUGGAUGGGGGACCUGAAUCCCUGGUGGUGAAGGAGGAAGAGGAGGAUGGCGUCGUUAUGGUGAAUUCAUCUGGUGGGGAUACUGGAGAACCCUUCAGCGGGGGGUUCCACAGCUCCUCUUCUGCCCCUCUGGGAGAACCCUUCAGCGGGGGGUUCCACAGUGAGGAGGGUCCCUCCACGUCAGGAACCCCGCGGCGGCAUGGCCGUGCAUCGUCAGGGACGACAAAACUUCCCUACAGCUGCCUGGACUGUGGGAAGGCGUUCCCCAGCCCGUCCACACUGAGGACCCACACGAUGUCCCACACGGGGGAGAGACCUCACGGCUGCUCCGUGUGUGGGAAGGGCUUCCUGACCAAACACCGGCUCACCGUCCACCUGAGGACCCACACGGGCGAGAGGCCCUUCAGCUGCUUGGAGUGCGGCAAGACGUACAUCAGCCAGGAGCAGGUCAGCACUCACUUCCGCUACGUCCACAGCGGGAAGCGUCCAUACGCCUGCUCCGUCUGCCAGAAGGACUUCCCCAACCCCUCCAAGCUGCGGCGGCAUCAGGCCACCCACACGGACGCCAGGCCGUUCCCCUGCCUCGUGUGCGGGAAGCGCUUCAGAGAGACUGCGCACCUCCACAACCACGCCCGUCUGCACACCGGAGAGAAGCCGUACCACUGCCCCGACUGUGGCGUGAGCUUCGUCAGCCAGGGGCAGCUCAUUCAGCAUCGCCGCACCCACACCGGGGAGAAACCGCACCCCUGCUCGCAGUGCGGGAAGCGCUUCUCCCGUCUCUGGUACCUGAAGUCCCACAUGGCAACGCACUGUGAAAACAGGCUGACGAUCAACAGCGAAGUCCCUCUCCCGGACAGCAGGGGGAGCUGUCUGUCUGGCCCGGACCUGCAGGAACUCCAGGAAACACCUGAGGGCGGGAGCUUCUCCCUGCCGGGGUCUGAUCCGAGGCACGAGCACCUCCCUGCCAGGGCGAUAUCCAACCGCCGCUUCGCCAGCAGGAAGACCUUCUCUCCACGGCACUCUCUGACCCGACACGUGUGCACGGAUUCCAGGAAGACGCCUUUCCGACGCUCCCGGUUUGGGAGGGGCUUCGCCAGACCCAGCCCGGCUCCUGCAGAGGAGCCGUACUGCUGCGGUCUCUGUGGGAGGAGCUUCUCUCUCUGGGUGAACUACAGGGUCCACCAGAGAGCCCACGGCGGGAACAGGAAGUUUGCUCCAGAGCCUCGGGGCUUUCGUGGUCCGGGUAGGAAGUCUGGGGGCCAGGGGGAGAGGCCGGAGGCUGGGCUGUCUGGGGGGGCAUUGAGGCCUGUGCCAGGCAGCCAGGGAGGAUCUGCCAGCCAGCCAGAACCCCAGUCUGAGGAGUCGUCCAGCAAGGAGGAUGCCUGGGAGAGGCAGGUGGUGGUGGUGAAGGAAGAGGAGGAGGAAGAUCCCUCGUACGGACUGGGAGGGGAAGAGGGUUUGCGAGGAAGUGAACUCAACCAGGAGAACAGGGGAACCCACUGCUGCUCACUGUGCGGCCGCCGGCUGUCCAGCGCCUACAAGUUGAUGCUGCACCACAGGACCCACACGGGGGAGAAGCCCUUCCCCUGCCUCGUGUGCGGGAAGCAGUUCUCCCAGGCGGCCAACCUCAAGACCCACCAGAAGGUGCACAGCGGGGAGAGGGCCUACGCCUGCCCCGACUGCGGCAGCCGCUUCACCCACCUGGGAGACCUCAAGAGGCACCAGCUGCUGCACAGCGGCCACAAGCCCCACAGCUGCUCCGAGUGCGGGAAACACUUCACCCAGGUGGCCCACCUCAAGCUGCAUCAGCUCACCCACUCCGGAGAGAAGUCGUUCCGCUGCCGCCAGUGCGAGAAGAGCUUCUCCACGGCGGCCAAGCUGAAGAGCCACGACAGGGUGCACACAGGGGAGAGACCCUACCAGUGCUCCUUCUGCGACAAGAGCUUCGCCCACUCGGGCACGCUGGUGAAGCACGAGCGACUGCACACGGGGGAGACACCCUACCGCUGCUCCCACUGCGGCAAGGGCUUCGCCCAGCUGGUGUCUCUGAAGAUCCACAUGCAGAUCCACACGGGGGAGAACUUCUACCGCUGCUCGCGGUGCGAGCAGAGCUUCACCACGUCCACCAGGCUGAAGGACCACCAGAGGAGCAGCCACGGCGUGGAGAGACCGCACCGCUGCUCAGAGUGCGGGAAGAGCUUCAACAUCGCCUCCCGGCUGAAGCAGCACCUCCGGGUUCACACCAAGGAAAAGCCGUUCCACUGCUCUGUCUGCGGGAUGCGCUUCACGCUGGUGGAGAAUCUGAGUCGGCAUCAGCGGAACUCCCUGGGCCCCUGCAGCGCGGCGAGCCAGACCUCCGGGGGAGGAGCCGGGGUCCCCUGCAGCACGGCGAGCCAGACUUCCGGGGAAGGAGCCGGGGUCCUGGGCCCCGAUGCUGCCCCAGCGGGGGGGACACACACGGAUUGCCGUGAUUCCAUACCCAGCGUGUCGCCAGGGCGACAGGAUGGUAGCUGUGUAGACCAGGCAGGAAGUGAGGAGGACGAGGAGGCUGUAGGGGGUCUGAUCAACUCUGACGGAGAGGAAGUGGAAUGGGAUUUUCUUCAAUCAGGAGAAGGUGAGAAGAGCAAUUAUGAGAACCAGCAGGAGAACCAGACAGUGAAGAAGUUCCACCGCUGCCUUGAGUGUGGGAGGGAGUGUCCAUCCUUCUUCAGACUCCAGAUGCACAUGAAGACCCACACAGGAGAGAAGCCUUACCCCUGCCCCACGUGUGGGAAGCAUUUCCGCCAGAAGGAGCACCUGAAAGAACACGAGAAGGUUCACACGGGGGAGAAACCCUACUCCUGUUCAGACUGCGGCGUGAGGUUCAGUCACCAGGGGGCGCUGAGGAGGCACGAGCGCUCACACACAGGAGAGAAACCCCACCCUUGCGUUGCGUGUGGCAAGAGGUUCACCAGGAUAAGCAGUCUCCGAGAGCAUCAGAACACGCACACAGGAGAGAGGCCGCACUGCUGCAGCGUGUGUGGGAAGACCUUCUUCAGGCUGUCGGCCCUGCAGAAGCACCAGGUCACUCACACGGGGGAGAAACCCCAUGUCUGCGACGUGUGCGGCAAAGGCUUCUCCGAGACGUCCUACCUGCAGUGUCACCAGCGCUCCCACACUAGAGAGAAGCCCUACCAGUGUGAGGACUGUGGGAGGAGCUUCUCCCAGCUGGGGAGCAUGAAGAGACACCAGCAGAUCCACUCCAGGGACGGGCCUGGGCUUGGGUCUGGGCUUGGGCCUGGACCUAGGGCUGGGCUUGGGGCUUUGGCUCUCCUUCUCACUUCUCCUUAUACUCGCUCUGGUUAUGUCGAGCAGGAGGCGUUGGAGUCCAGCUGUUCUACUUCCUGCCUGUCAGGAUCCACCCCCCCCAUGCUGAAGACUGGUAACCACGGUGACCAGAGCAGGCCACAGCAGGGGCCUGAGGAGCAAGAGGACUUUAGUCUGAAGAAAGAGGUGAAUGUUGAUGACAGCGAUGAGGAGGAGGAUGAGGAGGAUGAGGAUGAAGACGACAGUCUUGGUGCUGUGGUCUACUCUGGGGGAACAAUGGUCGAUGUCCCUGGCCUUGGAUCCAGUGGUAUCAGUCUCCAAGAUGGUGCUUCCAACCAUCACGGCGUCACGCUCCAGCCCCACGUCUGUAAGCUGUGUGGGAAAGGCUACCAGAAGAGGUGCUCCUUGCAGAACCACCUGCUGACCCACACAGGAGAAAAACCCUUCCCUUGCUCCGCCUGCGAGAAGAGCUUCCGCAAGAAGUCCGCCCUGACCGACCACAUGCGCGUCCACACGGGAGAGAGACCCUACAUCUGCUCCAUCUGCGGGAAAACCUUCGCUCUCUCCGGCUGCCUCCGGAAACACGCCAAGCGCCACCGAGUGUCUGGAGGGGAAGAGGCCUCGGCCCCCCAGCAGGCCCACAGACCCUCCAAGAAGACCGAGCACAUCUGUCCUCUCUGCGGCAGAGACUGCCUGAAGCGUUCAGCGCUGCACAUCCACAUGAGGAUCCACUCCGGGGAGAAACCUUACAAGUGCUCCAUGUGCGAUAAGACCUUCACCCAGAGCGGCCACCUGAAAGACCACCAGAAGGUUCACUCUGGAGAGAGGCCGUACCACUGCUCCGUCUGCGGAAAGAGCUUCUCGUACUCCGGGGCGCUGAAGAGGCACGCCUUGCUGCACUCGGACGUGAAGCCCUACUCCUGCUCCGAGUGCGGGCGCAGCUUCGCCCAGCCGGGCCGGCUGAAGGAGCACAUGCUGGUGCACGUCAGGGACAAGCCGCACGGCUGCCAGCAUUGUGGCAAGACGUUCAACCGGCUGUCCGACCUCACGGCCCACCUGAGGACCCACUCUGGAGAGCGGCCGUACCGCUGCGUCGCCUGCGGGCAGGGCUUCACCCGCACCUCCACCCUCCUCAAACACCAGCGCAAGGCCCACCCGGGAAUCACCCUGCCAAUGAAGGUCGUGGAGAAUGGGGAGGAAGACUCUAUGCAAAGCGAUGAGGAUUAGGAUGACGGCGAUGUUGGACUGUCCUCUGGUGGAAAGAUGGCCGACUGACGAUGCUUGUUUACCCCGUUGGGAAACGCAGUUACUUAAACGGAAAUGCCCGUUAUCACUGUUUUGUUAAAAGAGAAUUAACUUUUUUGUCCUCCGGAGAACAUAGUCUUAGUCGUUGUAGUCUAAAGCUAGGAUAUGUUUUACAUGAAACUGUGAGUCUGCGUGUCUGUGUGCUGUGUGUCUGCGGUGCCCUGGGGUCAUGUCUCCACCUCCUGCCAUCACAGAUAUUAUUCCCAACAUCUCAACUGAUCCUCGGUCAGUUCUUCUGCUUGCGAACACUGUGAUGAGACAAGCCUGGUCCCGGCCCACCGAUGCAGAAGACAGUUAGCCUUAAACAUUUGUGUGUCGCUAUCAAUCCUCACUUGGUCUAUAUUAACGAUCCUUAAAUUAAAAGUGUCUAAAGAUCAACAGUCGGACCUAAAUGUAACUGUGUUCACGCCUCAGUGUAAACACCGCUUGCCUGUGCCAUCAGAUUUCUUUCUGCUCGGAGAAGCUCUGGGCUGAGGUGGUAUUUGUUUGAGAGAGAGGUGGUCGAUCUUGUGAGUGUGUGGAGAGGACCGGGGUGGGACCAGGGUUCGAAACCUGGAGAGCCUGUUCCUCCUGAGCCUGGAGUGCCACGGCGGUCAGUUUCAUAAAAUAAACUGUAGUGCUAGUUAAGGUUUGAUGAGUUUGCAUGAGAAAGAUGGAUUGUACUGGAGCUGGCCAUAUCACGUGGUUGGUUGCCAAAGUUACUGAUUAAAACAACAAAUAUAUGUAAUCAAGAUGUAUGAAAUGGGCUUCAUACCAUGUCCAAGUAUUAUCUGGAUUAUGGAAAACUGUAUGACAUUGAGCAACGGUAUAAUAAAGAUUGAA